GUUAGGACAGCAACACCGACAACAACAAACGAAGCAGGAACAACGGCAACAGGAGACGAUGCAACAACACCAAAAACAGAUGAAAGCUGUAUCACAAAAAGGCGAAUCAACUGCUGCUGCAGGGCAGCAAGAACAACAACAACAGAAGGAGCAACAACCACGGCAACUCGAGACUAUGCAGCAACAACAAAAACACAUGCAAGAGUUAUCACCAAAAGCUUUAAACCAGUGCCGAGCAGACCUAAGCCAAUCCCAGUUUAGCAAGCUGCCUUACAUUCCAGUGAAGACGGCAGCCGACACCAGUGAAUGCUUCCUGGCCAGUAUGGCCCUCCUGUCCAGAGACAGGCUCCUACUGGCUGACUGCCGCAAUUGCUCAGUAAAGCUCAUGGACACCACUACUAACAAUAUGAUGUCUCAGGUGAAACUGCCAGGUGAGCCAUGGGGCAUGUGUCUCCUGCCCGGGGACAGAGCAGCCGUCACUCUACCUUGGGUGAAGAAGAUACAAUUCGUAUCUACUCAGGGAAAUAUCACACUUCAGGAAGUUGUUAAUGUAGAUGGACAAUGUCAUGGAAUAGAUUUCUUCUGUGAUGACAACCUGAUAGUGUCCUCUACCAACCCAGCCAAGGUUGUGUUGAUUCACAUAAAGGGAAAGGUGAAGAAGAGUGUGGACAAAGACAGCAGUGGAAAACCUUUGUUUCAGAAACCCGAGUAUCUGACAGUGACUAGAGAGAGUCAGACUCCACCGGUCAUAUAUGUCUCGGACAUAGACACCAACACCAUUAUCAAGCUGAACAUCUCACUAGAGGUCCUCCAGUCGUACCAAGACCCGAUACUGAAAUACCCACGUUGUCUGGCAGCCGUGGGGGACAACCAGCUGCUCGUGUGUGGGAGUGACAGUGACAACAUCCUGUUACUGGACACGCUCACUGGCAAGAUAACCCAACUGCUGGGAGAGGAAGAGGAGAUAGAGAUGCCACAAAGCGUGACUUACUGUUCACUGAAGAAGAUGUUGUUUGUCACCUGCUGGCACUAUGGCAGAUGUUAUUCGGAUAAUAUCGUAAAAGUAUUCUACUCAGUAUAGAUCAAGUCUACCAAUUAAUAUGAGUGAAAUCUGUAUCAGGUGUGAAGUAAUUGUAAUGUUUAAGAAUAAUUUUAAUAUAAAGUAUCAUACUGACAAUACGCUUAUACAAUGCUUUAUUUCACAUAUCGAGCGAUUCAAUUACUGUGAGAGUGUUUGACGGAAACUUGACUUUUAAAUUAUUUUGAAUUCUAACAGUUAUCAUUAGUGACAAGUAGUGUAGUAAUGUGUUAUCAGAGAAUAAUAUACGAGUUUGAGAAUGUGUAUUAUUAAUUGAAAUGUUUGUAGCUGAUUGUGUAUGAAAUAUACCAAAAAGUUGGUUUCUUACUUGUGAAUGUUUAAUUAAACAAUGUAAUUGUGUAAUAGAAUGAUUCAGAAUAUAGAUUACAGAGUUGUAGACACGAUGUGUCUUUUUCAUACAGUUUGUAGUUAGUAAAUACGAUGUUUAAGUGUUUAUAUUAAA